AAAAAAAAAAAAAAAAAAACAGCGACAUCAGCUAUACUGAUCUGACACUGUCAACCUUUCGACUUUCAAGCACGCUACUAUACCAAUCACAGCCACAACAAUGCUGAAAAUGCUGUCCUCUCACACCAAACGGCUCACCAACUACAGAGUUGGACACAUUUCGAUCAACCUUCCACCCCACUACCCGGCGCGUCACAGUCUCGAUCUGGCGUCGGCUAUACUUCCAGGAUCUUUCUACGAGCCCCGCCGUUUUCUCGUUCCGAAUCGGAUUACUCGUUCAAUUCCCCAAACCCGACCGUCCACCACGCCCUUGAGUCAACUCCCCUCGCUGGCUCUCCUGCCUCUACCCCGCUAUCAACCCCUUUUGAUACGCCUGUGGCCACGCCUGUUCUUGGGCCCGUCAAAUCUGUCGAAAUGUCUUGGAACGGUUCCCGUCACACCACCUUUGAGUCCACUUAGGGUGCCUCCACUCCCUUUUGUGGCAGCAUCAUGCCAAGUCGAUUACGACCCCGGCUUUUUAGGAGCAUUGGAUGAAGAUAUGGGGAGACUUUGGGCUGAUAGAGCGGGGAAAUUGGAAUCCGAUAUUCAACUUCGACAAGUCGUAAUUGCCAGUUAUCAGGGGGACAUUGCGGAGCUUACAGAGCAGGCCAGGAGGUCGUUGCGGGCAGAUUUGCAGAGGAGGGUAGCCUAUUGGGGAUACACUGAGGAUUCCGAAGCGGGCAAAAGACUUGAGGAGAAGGUUGAUCAAGCAAUGUCUUUACCACAGGCGUCUCUACCUCUCCAUGCCCGACGCGGUUCGGUUGAUGCCCGCCAGCCAGCAAUUCCUCAAGACUAUAGUAAAAAUGAUAAUCCCGACGGAGGUCCGAUCCUUACGGCAACUCCCAACCCCCAAUCCAAUGUCCAAAACAGUCAUCUUCAUCUACUGAACACUGCCCGUGAAGAAAGUGGAAGGUUGAAUGGUGUCUUAGGUAUUGGCGGGUCACUUGUCGAGAUGCAACAAUCACCAGACCUGGACGAUGACAUCGAACCCAGCAUCUCAAACCCGUCUGGUCCUUCCCAGGGCGGGUUUCCACACUUGGACUUGCAGUAUCCUCGCACAACCUUAACUUCCUGGCUUUAUUCCGACACGGACAUGGAGUCACGUUUCGCAUCCUUGUCUCUCCGGGCCCCUAGGUCUGAGACUGAACCUAUUGCUCCCAUCUCACCUACCGCCCAGACAACGCCUACCUCUACCACCACCCCGGGCGACCCUAUGUCUCGCGUGCUCCUUGCAGCUUCGACCGACCAGGAGACAGCGGCAUCAAAUGCCCAAUUACGAGCAGUGGAAGAGCGACGUGAACGCAUUCGGACACUCCGGGAGAAAUUGGCAAGCACCAUGAGCUUACAGUGUGAUGUUGCCGACGCGGUCACGCUUUUGAAACGUACGCGUCAAAUACAAGAAGAGAGAUGUGAAUUCAAAAAAGGGAUCAUUGCAGAGCUUCAACGGAGGGUAGAUGCGGGAGAAGGAAUGCCGGACAUGGAAGGAGAGUUUAUGGACAUGGAAAGCCAGAUACGACAUUAUGAGAGGGAACAAUCCGAGGAGGAAAAGCACAUAAGUCAAGAUUGGCUGGAACAAGAGUACUAUCUGGCCGAGGUGGAGCGGAUCAAGGAGAAAGUCAGGCGGAUCCAACAGGAACUCCGAGAGUUGGAAGUUGCGAACUGCGAGACCGCGCUUCCACAACCAUGA